CUGAAUGGUCAUUCUUGCUCUAAAAAUAAGGUUGGUGUCAAUGUGUCAAUUAAUGAAAAGUCGUUCGUGAAUUGCUCCCAUUUUGUCAUUCUUCCAGGCACUGCACCUCUGGCCCGAAUCAUUCAUGCUCUGGAGAAAGCAAAAUCACUUCCAUUCCUGCACAGUCCUGUUGUAUCAGCAGCUAAUGCCUACAAGGAGGUACCGCCCCCGGCAGUGCCAAAGAAUGCAAAUUCCAGAGGAGCAGUCCCAGCUCGGGUACCGUCAGCAACAGCGAAAUCUAAUUCCACGGCUCCUAAGCAGCCCGCUCCUGCAAAACGACCAGUUGUGCCAGCUCAUGCACCACCUGCUCAUGCACCACCGUCAAGAACUGGUCUCUCAUCUGCGAACAAAUCUGCACCAUCGAGUGUCAAGCCAUCACCGGCUCGUCCUCCCGCGACCACAGCUCCAGCUAAUCGUGCUCGACCAGCUGCUUCAUCGACAACGGCCAAGCAUGCCGCACCUGCAAACAAAUCUGCAUCAUCUACAAACAAUAAGAAGACGGUAGCACACGAAGCCCCUAUACAAAAGACCAUAGUAAAUCCAGUGAAGGGGGCCGCAAUGUCUCGUGCGACUGCCGCCAUCGGAAAAGCGGCAGCAUCUGUUGUCGGUAAGACAUCUGGUACGGUACCGCCCAAAGGUGUCCCCUCGAAAACUAACCGCUCUGCUCCUCCAGCUCCCGCAGCUCCUGCACCUGUGCCUGCGGAAGAGGAGGUGAAAGAGCCCGCACCAACUCCUGUCGAACCAAUGCCUCAGUUGGACGAUUCCGUGGUCAUACUUGACGACGUAGUGCCAGACAUAUGCGUUGAUGCCCCUCAAGAUCCAGCCUCAUCGGAUCUUCGCCCUACUGUGGAACUCGUUGUCAUUCCACCGACGCCUGAACCACGAUCGCCAUCCGGACGUUCGUCUAUAGAUGGUCCUCUGUCUCCUGCAUUUGUACGAAACCCUGAUGGCGAUAAACCACCUAUUGAGCAGCACGUGUUGCCAAGUGACGAUGGCAAGCAAAUUCCUUCGCCAGAUCCUAAGGCUCCUGCUGAACAUGAACAUCAUGAAAUUCCAUCUCCUACUGCCCACGAAGACCAUGAUUCUCAUGCUGAUCAUAAAGAUUCACCUAAACCUGCAGGAGAGCAUGAUCCUCAAGGAGAUCAUAAAGAUGCAUCUAAACCUGCACCACCCAGCCCACAAAUAGAGACCUCUGGUCCCGCAUUUCCAACCUCACCUGCUGGUCCUGCCGCUCCGAGCUCACCUUCUGGUCCUGCCGCUCCGAGCUCACCUUCUGGUCCAGCGGUUCCAAGCUCACCUUCUGGUCCAGCGGCCCCAAGCUCGUCACCAGAUCCGGCAGGGUUGAGCGCACUUACUGGUGCUACUGAGCCUACAAUACCAGGUGCGCCAACUGACAGUUUUGAACCCUUAAAGCCAAGUGUACCUGAGGACAAGCAUGAACCUACAGAACCGCCUGCUCCCGGAGACAAAUCCGGAUCGUCAGAACGACCAGAGCCUUCAGAAUCACCUGCAGGUGACGACAAAUCUGAAGCUUCACAACCAGCUGCGGAUGAUGACAAACAUGAACCUGCAGUGCCAAGUGCUCCACCUCUUCCCAUGCCGGCUCCAAUCCCCAGCGACAUUCCUGGAUCUAUCACUGAGCCCGGAGCAGAUCCUCACCUUAUCGAAAUACCCAAAGCUGAUGACGACAAAGUUGGACCAGCAUCACCUUCAGAGCCAAAACAUGAACAUGACGAUUCACCAUCUAUUCCGCCGGUCCAUGUGGAUGUUACUCCCGCAGAACCCUUCCCACCGCCAUCAUUCGACAAACAUGGUCAAGCAUCACCAUCAGAUCUUCUGAUCGAAGAUGAUAUUCCUGACGAGUUUAAGGGCCCUCAUACGCCACAAGAAGUAGGUGAGAAUGGUCUAUUGGACGAUCUAGAGGAACCCCCGAAGCUCAAGAAAAUCAGCAUGGAUACCGAUGAUCUCGAAAAAGCUUUGCAGAAAGGAGCAGCGGCUGUGGCUGACCAACUUGCUCACUGCUUGGACUCACUUUCGCUAAGUGCUGACAAUUCAGAAAAGGAUGACUCAGAAAAAAUGGACUCACAUGAUGAUGAAUCAAGUAAGAAGGAAGCGCAUGAUCAAGUAGAAUUGGCCCGAAAACUCAGUCAGCAGAUGGUUGAAGAAGCGUCUACUCCUUUGGCGUCAGCGCUAGCAUCAGCUUUGGCCGAUGGCGCAGGAGCUGUUCAGACGGCGGUUGGUUCUGCUUAUGAAGGCUUAGUUGAUCUUGCAACCACAGUGUCGGAGUCCGUCACAGAAGGUGUGAAAGACGCGGCGGAGCUGGCGCAGGAGAAGAUGAAGACAAUGCAGACCCGCUCGAGUCUUGUUGAAAGCGACGGUGACAAUCGCCCGGUGAAGUACGAGGAGACGGACCCCGUUAUUGACUCGGUGCUGGAAACGGUAGCCACAGACUCAGAUCGUGUUGACCAUGCAUUAAGCAACGGUGGUUCAGGAUUAGAGAACAAGGAGAAUGGCAGGAGACCUGAUCAUGAGGUCGACGACGAUGGUUUCCGUCUUGCGUCAGCUGAUCAUGAUAUACGACUUCAUCUUCCACCCCUUACAGCAGCCCGUGGAAAUCGAGCAGUCGCGGUGCCUCACUUGUCGCGGCCACUAUUCUUCGAACUUGUAACCGUACCCCAUCUCCAUGGUAAAUGCACUCUCACCGAUGAGCAAAGCGCCGUGGAAUACUUCACAAACAUUAGAUCAGCUAACUAUAUCCUGCAUAGUGAAGAUGUGUCUCCCGUAGUGCUAGAUGGAUGGCUUACUGGCAAAAAGCAAUGGUUCCGUGACGACCAAAAAUGCCGUUUAAUUCCUACACGGCAUCACAGCGCUCUACUAGCGUUCGUCACUGCUCAUGCCGCUGAAAUGGAAGAACAUGGCUUGGUGGUGAACUCAUCCCUGGAGCAUAAUUCCAUUUCAAUUAACACUGAAGAAGGACGGGAAGACUAUCAUAUGAUUAAGAUCGAGCUCUAA